AUGUCAGAAAUCGUCAACAACCUCCUCGGCAAACUCGCCGACCUGCUGAGCGACGAGUGUCAGAAGCUCAAAGGGGUGGAGCGUCAUGUGCAGCACCUCGGGGAUGAGCUCAGCUCCAUGAAAGCUCUCCUGGAGGCGCUGGAUCUCAGGGAUAAACUCGACCCCUUGACCAAGGACUGGCGGGACCAUGUCAGGGACAUGGCCUACGACAUGGAAGAUUGCAUCGGCGACUUCCUGCUCAAUGUUGGAAGUGCCAAUGCCAAUGCAGGUUUUAUUGAGAAGACCACUCAACUUGUCAAGGACCUGUGGGCGCGUCAUCAGUUUACAAUCCAGAUCCAGGAGCUCAAGGAUCGUGCUAUAGAGGCGAAUCAUCGACGCAAAAGGUACAAGCUUGAUGAUAGCAGUAGCUCUAGCUCUGCCCUUGUGCCCGUCGAUCCUCGGGUGUCGGCACUCUACACAGAGGCGGCCUGCGUUGUGGGUAUUGAUGGCCCAAGGGAAGAGCUUGUCAAUUGGCUGGCGGGUAGUGAGCAAGAACUCAAGGUGGUGUCUAUUGUGGGAUUCGGCGGUCUCGGUAAAACUACACUUGCCAAACAGGUGUUUGACAAGAUUGGCGAACAAUUCGACUGCAAGGCAUUUGUGUCGGUUUCCCAAAGACCUGACAUGGCAGGGCUCUUGACUGGGCUAAAAUCGAAGCUUGGGGGAAACAACACUCGUGGCAAUCACGAUGUGCAAGACAUCAUCGGCAAGCUUCGAGAGCAACUCGCACACAAGAGGUACUUUAUUGUAGUCGAUGACGUGUGGGAUCGACCAACAUGGGAAAAAAUUAGUGGUGCUUUUCCAGAUAAUAGCAAUGGGAGUCGAAUAAUAGUAACUACACGAGUGGAAGAUGUGGCCUUCCUGGCAUGUCGUAAUCACCGGCAGCGCAUUUACAAAAUGAAGCCUCUCAACGACCAAGACUCCAAAAGGUUAUUCUUUAGUAGAGUGCUUGGGCCUGAGGAUGCCAAUCCAUCCCAUCAUGAAGAAGUUUCAACUGAAAUUUUGAAGAGGUGUGGUGGACUGCCACUCGCUAUUAUUACAAUAUCUGGCAUAGUAGCUAGUCGUCCAGGAAUAUUAAGGCAGGAUUGGGAGAGCAUAAGGAGUUACUUGGGAGUGCAAUCUGCCAUAGACGUUACCAUGGAAGGAAUGAGGCAUAUAUUAAACCUAAGCUACAUGCAUCUUCCCGUUGAUCUUCGGGCAUGUUGCUUACGUCUUGGAAUGCAUCCAGAGGACCACGAGAUCAUGAGGGAUGAUCUUCUUCGACAAUGGAUAGCUGAAGGCCUUGUGAGGAAUUUACCUGGGCAAGAUUUGGAGGAUGUUGCAAGGAGUUAUUUCAAUGAGCUUAUCAAUAGAAGCUUGAUUCAGCCUGAAAGGACAAUCGCUGGGGAUGUGGUUUCUUGCACAGUGCAUGAUAUGAUUCAUGAAGUGAUUAUCAGCAAGUGUGAAGAGGAAAAUUUCAUGAGUGUGGUAUACAAUUCUGAUGACAUGCCAAAACUGCAUAAACGCAAGCUCAAGGUCCGCCGAUUGUUCCUGAGCUCGAGUUCUGAUGAUGCAAUAGAUGGUACAAUAUCAAGGACCACUGAUACUAGUCUGUCAAAGGUUAGAUCGAUUGUAUCAUUUGGAGAGUCGUAUUUUUUAGCUAGAUAUCUCCGGGUGCUGUUCAUUGGAAACUGGAAGAUACACACAGUAGAUCUCAGUGAUAUCAACCAAUUGUUACAUCUGAGGUAUUUGAAGGUUACAGCAGAAAACAUAAAGCUUCCGUCUGAAUUGAAAGGACUAGUGCAUUUGGAGACACUGGAAAUGACUUGUCGUUCAAUCCCGUCUGAUGUAGUUCAGUUGCCCCGUUUGUCCCACCUGGCUGCUCUAUGUCACAGGCUGCCUAGUGGGAUCGGGAACUUGAAAUUAUUGCGAACUCUGAAUGGGUUUCAGUUGACAGGUUGCUCCUCGGAGGAUAUCAAUGGCCUGGGCGAGCUAACAAAUUUGCGAGAGCUCUUUCUCAGAAUAGAAGAUACAGUUGAAAUUGAUGAUGCUUUGGCCUCCUCCAUUGAAAAGCUUCGUAAACUGAGACAUCUCAGGCUUUUUCAUAACGGGAAUCUUGAAAAUGACAGUCUGUUAUCAUUAUCAAAUCCUCCCCUCCAUAUCGAGACACUUCGAAUGAAUGGAAUCGUGACCUUCAGAAUCCCAAGGUGGAUUGGUGAUCUCCAUUAUCUCCGUUACCUGGACCUGCGUGUUAGGGAGACAUCAACUGAUGACAUUCGUCUUCUUGGAGAGCUGCGCUCCCUGAUGGAAUUCAGAUUAUACUUGUUUCAUUUCGCUGCCAAUGGAGUUAUCGUAAUCAGAACAGGAUUAUUUCCAGCUCUGGAGUACUUUCAGGCAGACUUUCGAGAACAGCGUCAUGAGGUACACUCUGCAGAAGACGAUGUUAUGGCACACCUGUGCUUUGAGGUCGGGUCAAUGCCCAAGCUACAAAGGCUCGAGCUACAUUUAUCUGAGAGGCACUGGGGCGGCGCUACCCCAGUUGGCGUAGAGCACCUGUUAGCUCUCAAGCAAAUCAAGUUAGCAUUCGCCUACCGCGGCAGCAGUGAUAUUGAUGAAGUGGAUCGUCGUGCUGAGUCUGCGUUCAGGGACGCCUUGCAAGGGCACCCGAACCAUCACUCCAUUCGCAUCAAUUAG